AUGUCAGCUUCACCAAGGACCGAAUUUAAGGUGGUGGUGACCCCCACAGCACAGACUGAUGAAGAUGCAGCACAGACCAUUGAGGAGCGGUCGCUGCGUCCGACGUGGAUCCUGUACACGUCCGUGGCCAUCUCCAUGCUCGAGGCCUUCCACUACGGAUGGUCCAAUUCCCAGGUCAACCUCAGCACCUUCAACAACACGGAAACCUGCAACGCCCGACCCGUCGAGGAAGGCACGUGCCUCAUGUUCCCGGGCCACACCAAGACGACGUGGACGCUGCUCGUGAACGCGUGGAUCGUGGGCGGCAUGUUCGGCAGCCUGCUGUCCGGCUUCCCGUCCAACAAGUGGGGGCGCCGCACCACGCUGCGCUUCAACGCGAUUAUCAUCAUGGUGCUGGGCUCCGUCAUCCAGGUGGUGGCCAACAACCCGACGUGGUUCUCGGUGGGCCGCUUCGUGUCGGGCGUGGCGAACGGCGUGGCCAUGGCCGUGGUCAACACGUUCCUGAACGCGAUCUCGACGCCGCACAACCGCCACGCGCUGGGCGACGCUGGGCAUCUUCGGCGUGGCGACGACGUUCUGGUACUGGAACACGACAGCCCCGUGUGGCUGGUGUCCAAGUACCGAGAGCAGGACGCUGAGAACGAACUAGCGCGUCUGUACGGCAAAGAGAACGUCAACGUCAUGAUGGGCUGGAUUCAAGCCAACGAUCGUCGGACCAAGUUACCGUCGACUAUCAGUGGAAAUGCUAAGGAUACGGAACACGAGACAAACUGGAGUAUCAUGACAAAGUCCAAGUUCCGCAAGCAGUUGGUUAUCGCGCUGGGUCUCACGUGCAUCAAUCAACUUGUAGGCAUCAACGCGGUGUUCUUCUACUCAUCGUCCAUUCUCAAGGACGCUGGUAUCUCCGACUCGCGCGCUGGUCUCAUGAUAAUCGAUAUUCUCAACAUCAUUCCCGUGCCGAUUGCUGCUGUCCUGACCAAGACCAUGCGCAAGCGUUCAAUGCUCAUGUCGGGCAUCUUUGUGAUGGUCUUGUGCUGCAUCGGCAUGACCUUCUCGCUCAUCUACAACGUCGGCUGGUUGUCCAUUGUGUUCCUGGGAGUCUUCGUGGUGGGCUACGACUUGAGUAUCGGCCCGCUUCUUUGGCCGAUCAUCGCUGAGCUGUUCCCGGAUUCGGCUCGUGGUGCUGCUGUCGGUAUCUGUAUCACCGUGAAGUGGCUCGCCACGCUUGUUAUUGGCAUCGCGUUCCCGUACAUCGAGGAGGCCAUCACGAACUACAGCUUCACGCCAUUCCUGGGAACAACCGUCCUCUCCAUCAUCUUCAUCUACUUUAUGGUGCCGGAGACGUCCGACAUGACCAUCGCUGAGAUCCAGGACGGUUUCCGAAGUGGAGCAACCUCACCUUCCUCCAAAAGUCAGAGUUAA